AUGACGGCAAAGAAGAAUCAGACUCUGCAGAAUGGAAGUGCCAAGGAGAACGUGCUGCAGAGGGUCCUGCACCUGCCGGUGGUGAGCUCGACCUGCGAAAGCCUCCAGCGGACCUACACCAGCACCAAGGAGGCCCACCCGCUCAUGGCCUCGGUGUGCGAGGUCUACGAGCGGGGCGUGCAGGGUGCCAGCGCAUUGGCCGUGUGGAGCAUGGAGCCCGUGGUGCGCAGGCUGGAGCCUCAGUUCGCUGUGGCUAACAACCUGGCUUGCCGGGGCUUGGACCACCUGGAGGAGAAGAUCCCUGCCCUCCAGUACCCCGUUGACAAGCUCGCAUCUGAACUGAAGGACAGCAUCUCCUCCCCACUCCAAAGUGCCAAAAGUACCAUUGGCAACUCCGUGGAUAAGAUCAUGGAACUGGCAGCAGAGGGCUACGAGGCCACAAAGAACACGGUGGAAACAACAGCAAGGUACACGAGGAGGAACUCGGUGAGCCAGAUGGCAGCUGCAGGGGUCGACACGGCCCUGGGAGGGCUGGAGAAGCUGAUGGACUACCUGCUGCCAGAGGAGGAUGAAGAAGCAGAUCAGAAGCCCAAAGAGACGCAUGGGUCAGCAGCAAAGGUCUCCCAGCAGCAGCCCAGCGCUCCCAGUGCUCCCAGCACCCUGGACCGGAUUGGUGCCUUGGUUAGCACUGUCUCCCACCGUGCUUACCAGCAAACCACCCAAAGCCUCCAGCGUGCCAAAGCCAAAGGGCAGGAGCUGGCCACCUGGAUCCCCAUCCUAGGCAGCCUGGCCAAGCCAAGUGCACCUGAGGAGCCACAGGUCCACGGUGAUGGGCAGAGCACCGGCUGGCUGAGCCGGCGGCAGAGCAAGGUGACAGAGCAGAAGCAGGAGAAGGCGGGGAAGAAAGACAACAACCACACCAAGGAGGCAGGGGACGGCCCCGGGCUGGUGGGCAGCGUGGCUCACAACCUGCAAACCGCCUGCGCCUCCGGCAUCUCCAGCGUGAAGAAGGUUCCGGCCGUGGCCUGGGACGCGGCGGAGGGGUUGAUCCUCUUCACCCCCCGCAGGCUGUCCAAGGCCAUGGAGACGGUGGAUGCUCUUGGGGGGACCCUCGUCAGUGCCCCCAAGCAUCUGCUGGGCACCCUGUACAGCUACGUGCCGCUUCGCAGGCAGUCAGUGAAGGAAGAGGAGGCAGCCGGGGGCAGCAAGCCCAGCCCGGAGACAGAGCAGAAGGAGGAGGACGGGCUCGAGGACCCCCUCUUCCUGCGGCACAACCUCUACCGCAGCCCUGCCUUCGAGCCUGAGUGCCCCCUCCCGCGGAAAUCCGCCUUCGCCCCCUACAACAGGCGGGUGAGCGAGGGCUCCUACCGCUUCAGCCCCGAGGCCAUGUACAGCCGGGCUUACUACACCAACCUCUACAGCCCUGCCUUCAAGAAGGACUGA